CCGAAUCAGAUGGAGCAGAAGGGGAGAGGAGUUGGAUUGGUUCUAUUUCCAUGCCCAUUGCAGGGCCACAUAAACCCCAUGCUUCAGCUAGCCUCCAUUCUCUACUCCAAUGGCUUCUCCAUCAUCAUCAUCCACACUCAAUUUAACUCUCCCAAAUCCUCCAAUUACCCUCACUUCACCUUCAUUCCCAUACCCGACGGCAUAUCGGACGUUCUAGACUCGAUUUCAGAUGGUUUCGCUUUUCUCUCAUUUUUCAACGUCAACCGUGCAGUUCCACUACGGGAUUGCUUGCUUCGGUUGUUAUCUGAUGGUGCAAAAGAAGCAGAGCGUAUUGCUUGUAUCAUCUCCGAUUCUGUCAUGCAUUUUACACAAGGUGUCGCCGACAGUCUUAAGCUUCCGAGGCUUGCGUUACGGGUCAGCAGCACCGCAUCCUUUCUUGCCUUCACUGCCUUCCCAGUUUUGAGACUCAAAGGUUACCGCCCUGUAUCAGAUUCUGAGUUGGAGACAGAAGUAUCAGAGCUUCCACCUCUGAGAGUAAAGGAUCUACCUGCUUACAACAUGGAUAACAUAGAGAAGGAGUGCCAAUUUGUGGGCAGCAUGGUCAAUCAUGUGAAGCCCUCAUCUGGAGUCAUUUUGAACACCUUCCAUCACCUUGAAGAAUCGGAAUUGGCAAAAUUUGGUCAAGAAGUUCCAAUCCCGAUCUUCACAAUAGGCCCCUUCCAUAAACUCUUCCCAGCUUCUUCCAGUAGCUUAUUAUCCCAAGACCGCAGCUGCAUCACUUGGUUAGAUACACAACCACCGAACUCUGUAAUCUAUGUCAGCUUCGGCAGCGUAGCCAGCAUGGAUGAGGCUGAAUUUGUGGAGAUAGCUUGGGGGCUAGCCAACAGCGAGUGCCCUUUCUUGUGGGUGGUUCGAUCCGGCUUGGUCCAUGGCUCAGACCGGAUUGAACCAGUAUGGCCUGAUGGGUUACUAGAAUUAAUGAUUAGUGGUGGAAAGGGAUGCAUUGUCAAAUGGGCCCCACAACAGGAAGUGUUGGCUCAUCCUGCUGUGGGAGGGUUUUGGACCCACAACGGCUGGAACUCAACGCUGGAGAGUAUAUGUGAAGGGGUGCCAAUGCUGUGUCGGCCUUGUUUUGGAGACCAGAAGGUGAUCGCGAGGUACGUGAGCCAUGUGUGGAGGGUGGGUUUGCAUCUUGAGAUCAAUAGGUUGGAGGGAGGGGAGAUUGUGAGAAACAUAAGAAGACUAAUGGAUGAGAAAGAAGGGGAGGAGAUGAGAGAGAGGGUUGCGUCUCUGAAGGAGAAGGCAGAAGUUUGCGUCAGGAAAGGAGGUUCUUCCUACGAGUCUCUACAGGACUUAAUAGCUCGGAUCUUGUCAUUUUGA